AUGGCUGACGACUACGAUGAAGAAUUUGGAGAGCUUGGAUUAGUGAUUGGUGAUUUUAAUAUUCCAUCAAGAGCGUCUGAUUUACCCCCUUAAUUCAAGGAUCUUUUAGUCCCCAAUAAAGUGUAAUAUGUAUUUUGCACAGGAAACAUUGGGAAUAGAGAAACAACAGAUUGGGUAAAGACAUUAUCUGGAAAUACCCAUUUCGUCAAAGGAGACUUUGAUGAGUCUAAAGAUAUUCCUGAAACAAAAAUCAUAUAGAUUGGUUCAUGGAAAUUAGCUUUAGUUCAUGGUCAUCAAAUUAUCCCUGCUGGAGAUGAUGAAUCAUUAUACACAUUCUUGAAAGAGAUGGAAGCAGAUGUGCUUAUAACAGGAUUUACUGGUGUCGCUAAGGUUUCAGCUGUAGAGAAAAAAUAUAUUAUCAAUCCUGGAUCAGUCACAGGAGGUUUUAAUGGAUAAUAAUAAUCUAUUCCAUCAUUUUUAAUUUUAGAAUUUAAAAAGGAAAAAAUUUAAGUUUUUAUUUACACUCUAGAUGGAGAUGUAAAAAUAGAUAAGCAAGAGUUACCAUUAUAGAAAUGA